AUGGUUAAACACCAACCACUACAGUACUACGAGCCGCAGUUGUGUUUGUCAUGCCUGACCGGGAUCUAUGGCUGCCGUUGGAAACGGUACCAGCGGUCACAUGAUGACACCACAAAGUGGGAGCGCCUCUGGUUCCUAAUCCUCACCUUCACUUUCUUCCUGACACUGGUCUGGUUUUAUUUCUGGUGGGAAGUUCACAAUGACUACAAUGAAAUCAACUGGUAUUUAUAUAACCGAAUGGGAUAUUGGAGUGACUGGUCCAUUCCAAUACUUGUAACAGCUGCUGCUGGCUUUCUGUAUAUCACAGCGUUAUUGAUUUUAGCACUAUGUCACAUAGCUGUGGGACAGCAAAUGAACCUACACUGGCUCCACAAGAUCGGCCUGAUGGCGACCUUGGUAGUUACUGUAGUAACUAUGUCUUCUAUAGCACAGCUUUGUGACGAUGAAUGGGAGAUGAUAGUUAUUUCAAUGCAGGCCACAGCUCCCUUUCUGCAUAUAGGAGCCCUGGCUGCAGUCACGGCCCUGUCUUGGUUGAUAGCUGGGCAAUUUGCAAGAACAGAAAAAGCCACUUCACAGAUGUUGAUAUUCACUGCAUACUUUGCCGUCGUAGUUGCACUUUACCUCGUUCCCCUCACUGUCUCUUCCCCUUGUAUAAUGGAGAAGAAGGAUCUGGGACCAAAACCUGCCAUCAUUGGCCAUCGUGGUGCGCCAAUGCUGGCGCCAGAAAACACUCUGAUGUCCUUCCAAAAAGCAGUGGAGCAGAAAACACAUGGAGUGCAAGCUGACGUAGUGAUAAGCUAUGAUGGGGUGCCAUUCCUUAUGCACGAUAAGACGCUCAGGAGGACAACUAACGUGGAGGAAGUGUUUCCAGAGCUGGCCGACAAGCAUUCUUACAUGUUCAACUGGACUGACCUGGAGAGUCUUAAUGCUGGAGAAUGGUUCCUGAGAAGUGACCCCUUCUGGACGGCUGGCUCCCUCUCGGGUUCAGAUUACCUGGAAGCUGCAAACCAAUCGGUCUGUAAACUGGCUGAUAUGUUGCGGAUCGCCAAGGACAACAUGUCAGUGAUCUUGAACUUUCAGGACCUGCCACGAGAUCAUCCAUACUACAGCACUUACAUCAACAUUACCCUGCAGACCAUACUGGAGUCAGGGAUCCAGCAGCAGGCGGUGAUGUGGCUGCCCAACACGGAGCGGCAGCUGGUGAGGCAAAUUGCACCAGGUUUCCAGCAGACUUCUGACCUCAAAGCAGACGCGGAGCGCUUGAGAGACAAAGGCAUCAAACAGCUGAACCUGCGGUACACUAAGGUCACCAGUGAGGACAUCAGGGAAUACAACGCCGCGAACCUGAGCGUUAAUCUCUACGUUGUGAAUGAACCAUGGCUGUUCUCUAUCCUCUGGUGUGCUGGCGUUCAGUCUGUCACGUCUGAUAGCUCACAAAUCCUUAGCAAGGUGCCUUUUCCCGUUUGGCUAAUGCCUCCAAACGAGUACAAUCUAAUCUGGAUAACAGCUGAUCUCAUUUCAUUUACCAUAAUUGUAGGAGUUUUUAUAUUCCAGAAAUGGCGUCUGGGAAGCAUAAGGACCUACAACCCGGAGCAAAUCAUGCUCAGUGCUGCUGUCCGCAGGUCCAGCAGGGACGUCAAAAUCAUGAAGGAGAAAUUGAUCUUUUCAGAAAUAAACAACGGCGUGGAGAAUGCAGAUGAGCUGUCGUUGUGUUCUGAAAACGGUUACUCCAACGAGGGUAUCGCCCCCAUGGAUCAUCGGGACAUGAAGCUACGCAUGGACUGA